ACCGGCUGCUUUGGAAAGGCUGUAAAAGGAAAAUAAAAAAAAACAAGUUAAAAUAUGGCACCAUCCAAACGAUAAGGUCAUGUCACUAAACUAAAGGAUAAAGAAGACAGUGAAAAACAAAAAAAAGAAGAAGCGAGGAUUUACUGGGUUUUAUAAAUGGGGGACUACGGGUUUGGCGUCCUGGUGAAGAACAGUGGCGGUAACAAAUCUGCUUUUCCUGUAAGGAUCCCUCCUCACCUCCAAUCCCAGCCCCCACAUCACCCCUCGAACCCCCCCAGCCCCCCCGCCUUCGUAAACAACACCUGCUCCACCAAUGGGGGCAGUACUUGGCUGUUCCCCACCGUAGCCCAGCACACUAACAUGCAAGAUGAGAUUCUGGAAUCGGACAAGUCCAAGGCCUUGGACCUCCAGGACAUGACGGAGAAGCCUCAGGUCCAGGCCCCACCUCAAACCCUCUCACCGAGCCAGCAGGAAACUGGUGGGGGCCUAGAAGAGCUUGAGGGAGCGCUACCUGUAGAUGGGACCCUGGAGAAGGGCAACUUGGAGAGUAGCGGUGGGAAAGAGAAGCUGAGGAUGGAGUCCGAGUGUGGAUUUGAUUACCAGGACAGCCUGGGUAUGGGUACUAGCUGUGCGCAAUCUGCCUCUUCCUCCUCCUCCCUGACCAGCUUCAACAACUGGUCCCCCACGGUCCCUACUAACCAGUCUCCAGUGGUUGGGGAAGAUGUUGGCGGGUUCUUUGGCCCUGCUGGCUCCAACGCCAAUGGACCGCCCCUCCUGUUCCAGAAUUUCUCCCACCAUGCCGGGCCAGGCUUUGGUGCAGGGGGCAGUUUCUCCCCCCAGAUUGGACCAAUGUCCCAACACCACACUGCACCUCCUCCACCCCACCCCCAGCACUACCACCCCCACAAUCAGGCUGUCCCACAACAGCACCGACGCUCCCCAGCAAGCCCUCACCCACCCCAGCCCUCUUUCACUCCGCAUCCUCAUCGCAGUGGAGCCUUCACCCAGAUGCCACACCUGGCUCCUGCUCAGAGCAAACCCCCUUCACCUUGGGGAAGCUAUCAGAGCCCCUCCACCCCCACUUCCACCUCCUGGAGCCCUGGUGGGGGCUAUGGGGGUUGGGGAGGCACACAGGGAGUUCGAGAUUACAGGCGAGGGCUCAAUGGAGGGAUGACUGCCCUUAACUCCAUCUCUCCACUGAAGAAAUCCUUCCCCAGCAACCAGGUCCCUUCACAGAAGUACCCCAGAAACAGCUCUGGCUUCAACCACAAGGCCUGGAUAGAAGAUGGUGUGAGUCGCAGUGACAGUGUCUACCCUUUUCAGCAGGAGAGAACACGCUCCUUUGAUGGUUUCAGUAUGCAUUCUCUCGAGAACUCUCUGAUUGACAUUAUGAGGGCUGAGCAGGAUUCCUUGAAAGGUCGCUAUGGUUUCUCUCACCAGGGUGGAGACGGGCCUCUACCUAUGAAUGCUAGAAGUUAUGGCAGGAGACGAGGCCAUUCCUCCCUGUUCCCCAUGGAGGAUGAGCGCCCCUGUGGAGAAGAGGAGUCCGGUGACCAGGGACUAGCUGGCCUUGGCUCUGCCCACUGUUUUCCCCAUCUCAAUGGGGAGCGUGUAGAGCGAUACUCACGCAAAGUGUUUGUAGGAGGGCUGCCCCCAGACAUAGAUGAAGAUGAAAUCACGGCCAGCUUCCGCCGAUUUGGUCACUUGUUUGUUGACUGGCCACACAAGGCAGAGAGCAAGUCCUAUUUCCCACCAAAAGGAUAUGCAUUCUUACUGUUCCAAGAUGAAAGCUCUGUGCAGGCUCUGAUUGAUGCCUGUAUUGAGGAGGAUGGCAAACUUUACCUGUGUGUUUCCAGCCCCACCAUCAAAGACAAGCCUGUCCAGAUCAGGCCCUGGAACCUAAAUGACAGUGACUUUGUGAUGGAUGGUUCUCAGCCAUUGGACCCGAGAAAGACCAUUUUUGUUGGAGGUGUCCCACGUCCCUUGCGUGCAGUGGAGCUUGCCAUGAUCAUGGACCGUCUGUACGGGGGGGUGUGCUACGCAGGGAUUGACACAGACCCUGAACUAAAGUACCCAAAAGGGGCAGGGCGUGUGGCUUUUUCCAAUCAGCAAAGCUACAUUGCAGCCAUCAGUGCUCGAUUUGUUCAGCUGCAGCAUGGAGAGAUUGAUAAACGUGUGGAAGUGAAGCCAUAUGUCCUGGACGAUCAGCUGUGUGAUGAGUGCCAGGGUACCCGCUGUGGGGGAAAGUUUGCGCCUUUCUUCUGCGCCAAUGUUACCUGUUUACAGUACUACUGUGAGUACUGUUGGGCAGCCAUCCAUUCCAGGGCUGGCCGAGAGUUCCACAAACCCUUAGUGAAGGAGGGAGGGGACCGCCCAAGACACAUCUCCUUCCGUUGGAACUGAGAAGAAAAGGCAAGGGAGGGAAAGAGAGGGAGAGACAUAAAGGGUAUAGUUAGGGGUUGGGUUGCGGGCAAAACAUAUAGAAAAUAAAUGCACUUUUCUUUUUUGCUGGGUCCUAUAAGUUUAAAAAAUUAUCAAUGCUUAAUUUAAUUUUUUAUUUUUAAAUUGGGUCUUCUAAUAGAAGUAAAUGUCAAAAGAAGUGAAAUCCCAUUUAUGUUUUUGAAUUUUAAGUUGGAGUGUGCAUGAGUAUGGAUGCAUUAGAUUUGGAAUUAGAUGUUUUCUGACUUGACUAUACUUUCUGUUCUUGUAUUAGCUGGCAAAGCUGCUUACAUUUGUUGUUAAGAAUAACAUAAAAUUUGAGUGAGGUUUGUUGUACCUAAAUCAUUAUAAUGACUAUGGAAGUUGUGUUUAAAGAAGGGUGCAUUUUGUUACAUUGUGCAUGCAGGAUUAGAGAACUGUACUGCUUACCAAAGGUUGAGUGCAAAUGGUUGGACUCAAAACUGGGUGGAGAGGAAACACUAUUUCAGUUGGUUGGAUGAUUUAAUAUUUAAAGCAGUUCAGUGUAUAGCAUCAAGCCACGUCACAAAACUAAAUUUCCCUCGGUCUGGCAGGCGUCUUAACAAUGCUUGCGCAAGUUUUAGGUCUUGGUUUAAAAAUCUACACUUUGUUACCAGAAAGGGCGAACCAAAGAGUGGCCUAAAACAAGUCAUCGAAAGCAGUUGUGGAUCUGAGGGAUGUCUGGAUGAUGGUAUGUCCUUCAUCAUAUGCAGGGGCUGGCUGGAAUUGACUUUGAGUUUCAUUUUGUGGGUUUCAGCUGAUUAAGACAUGGCCCUCAGGGCUCAGGUAUUGGCAGUAGUAUUUGCUCACUUUGUAUUGUCAGGGAUAUUAGCACUGGAAGCUAAAAUGCUAAUGUAGUAAAAACUAACGGGAAUGCACAGUCCAGUCUCCCUGAGCUGUCCUCAUGGUAUACCACUGCACGCUCUACCAUGGCUGGGGCUUCUCUAACAGGUGUUGUGGAUGGAUACAGUAGUAGCUGGACACUCUUUGAAGAAUUUGCUGUCACAGAGAUAAAGAUAUUAUUUUAUACAUGGCCUGCUGAUUUUUGUACAGUGUUUUAUAGCUGAUUAUUUUGUCAUGAACAUAUAUACAUUUAUUAUGCACUACUUUUCUAAAUAUUUUUUUCAAUAGUCAUUUUAGGCACAUUUUUCACAGAUGGGAGAACUCCUUUUGCAAUACCUCAUUUUUUUCACUUGGUGAAAAAUAAUUUUGUACCUUUUGUUACUAAGAGAUCUGCAUUUAUGGUAAACUUAAUUUAAAAACAAAAGAAUGAUAUUAAUAUAAUUUUCAAUUUAGCUUUUCUAUAUUUAAGUGCUGGUAAAUCUCCAAAUUGUCUGGUGCAUUGAUAUGAUUCUGUAGAAGGGGGGGAAAAGAGAAAAAAAACCUAUUUGCCAGUCAUACAUAUUCUCCUGUUAUAAUGGACAUAAUUACAGGAUCCUAAGGCAUGGCGGCAAGACCUUUCUAAAUGGAUUUUGAUAGUCUUGAAAAUAUAUUCUGAUAUUCUGCUUCUAGUUUUAGUCAAUAAGAAUGUCAUAGGGUAAAUGUUGGCUUUGGUUGACGUGAAAUAUCCCUUGUAACGCCAGAAUGAAUGACAGCUGUGUAAUCUACUUGGAUCCUCUUUCUGGAACUGCCUGUAAGUUCUAGUUAUUCUUGGCAUGCUUGAAAUAAUACAAAAUAACAUGGCUAGUGUUGAUGCAGGACCUAUUGUGACGCACUAGAUCUCCCUUUUUCCUUUCGACUUAAUUUUUGUUCCCCAGUCACCACUUGUAGUCUCUCAAUAUAUUUUCUGCCUUCCUCACACAUAAACAUGCGGUUUAUGCAGACUACACUUGGAGGAGUUUUGUAUCAUAGAGGACACUCGGUAGGAUGUUUUAGCGUGGAGACUUGAUCAACUGCCCCCCACCCCCUCCCUCCUCGUGAUGUGGCAUGCUUUGGGACAUAACCUGAAUGUGAUUAAUGUUGCAAGUUAACUUCGAGCCAUUAUGUGCAAUACUUAUUCUUUCCAUAGAGAAGUCUCCGCAGCAUAAAUCAUUUAAUCCAAACAAACCAUGCAAUCAUUUACCCAUCUUUUUUUCUCCUUUAAUUAAUGCUGGUGUCUGCAAGGAAAAAAAACUUUCUACUAAUUUAUACCUGAAUUUAUUUUCAAACAUUAGGUUUGUGCUUAUUUACUUAUUUUGCUACUACCAUGCUACUGUGAUUGAAAACAUUGUAAAUACUAGGUCUGAUGUAUUUAGCAUUUGCUAUAUUUUCAAUUGAAAUGUAUAGCUAUCAUUUUGAUCAGAUUUUUGUUCUAUUUUUUGGGGUGAUGUGUUAAACCUGUUGAUGUGUCUAGUUUUUCUAAUUGCUGUAUUGUGCUCCACAUUUUCAGAUGGAAAAAAAAAUUAUGUCUGUUUAGUAUUACUUGAUUGCAAAAUUUCAAAUUUUUAAUUGUAUCCUGGGAAGGUUGUAUUUAUUAACUUUUUUUUUUUACCUGAUAGCUCUUUGAUUUUUAUCAUCAUUUCACAUUUAUAAGUUCCUCUUUUUAUAUUUUCAUCCUGAUUAAGUUACGCUAUGAUACAGACAUCAGUUUUAUAGUUGGUUUGUAGUAUUGAAGUUAAACAAAGACCUAACGUCAUAUUUUCAUUUGCAGCCAACUAUUUACAACUGUAUGCAUACAUUUGAAGUAUUUGUAAUGUGAGAUGUUGAAUGAAUAAAACAACUGUG